AUGACGGUUUUGGCCGGCGGAAUGAGCUCGGAAAGCUGCGGCCGGAGCGUGCUUUCUGCGGCGGAAACGAACGCACAGGGACUCUCCAAACGGUCAAAAAUCAGAUAUACAAGGUCUUUUCUAGUCUCGCUGGCAAAUUUGAGUACAGAAAAAGGAUUAUCGAGAGCAAUUGAACCGUCAGUCCUAAGUGAACUUGAUUGUCUAUUGGAGCCGCCAUGGGAAGAUUCGAAUGAUUCAAAUUCUGAGAGUUGUCAUGAGGACCUACAUAAAGGUCUGCUUAGCUGUGAGAAUGUUGGCCUUCUGGGACAUGGUUCUUCACUGGGAGUCAAUGGUGACAUUGCUGAUACUUCUCAGCCCAUGGUUGAAGAAAAUAUAGUUCCUCUACUCCACAAAUGCAAAGAACCAUAUCGACCUCCACACCUUUUUAAGGCAGAUUGGACUGAUUAUAAGGAUGAAGUAUGGGUUUCUCCUGAGUCUCUGGGUAAAAAUGAAGGGCGUAACCAAAACUGGAGAAGAGAAUUUCUAGAGGUGAUGAGGGAAGAACAGAAGGAAGCAUUCCAAGAGAAGCAAAAGAAAGCUUUAAGUGAGCAGAGAAGCAACAAUGUCAAAUCUAGAAUGCCACUGGAGUUGUCUUACAAUGAAGAAAUAAUCUGUUCCCUUGCAGCUGAGCAUUCUGAUAAUACUGCAAAUCACUCCAAGAGCCCUGCAACUUGUUUUGAAUUUGCUGAUCAGUUUCCUGUUAUAGAGCAAAAGCCUGCAUAUAGUAUCUCUUGCACUGAAGGAUCUGAAUUGAUAGCUCACGGCGUCCCAAGUGAUCAUUCCACCAAGGUUCCAGACAACCAUUCGAAAUCUACUACUACAGAUGAAACCUCCCAGUUAUAUGGAUGUAAAAUCCCAGCUGUCAUUCUAGGAGUUCUUGCAUGUGUGGGCCUUGAACACAUUUUUAAACCGGAGACUAAAGAAUUUAGUUGUUCUAUGCUCUGGGAUGGUUGUGAUGCAGAGGAUGGAAAGCAAGAUUCUGGUAAUCAUCAUGGUUCUCAUCACCUAAUGUUAUUGCCAGAGGAAGGGACUGAACAGAAGGAUAUGACAUCGUCUUCAGAGCUAAGGACUGACAGUAUAACUGACAACAGCGAGCUUAAAUUUGUGAGUAAGGGAAAUGCUGGAGAGUUUGGAAAGGAUUCGACUCAAGAACCAUCGUUUGGAACAAGUUCCACAAAGGGAUUGCAAUUGACCAGUGCAUGUACUUGCAACCGACUGAGUUCUGUUGGCAGGUCAACAAGGAAAAGUGUUUCACAAUCAUGCAAGUUCUUUUUUCCUAUUGCAAACAAGAAUCACUUGGCUUCUGCAACUCGGAAAUAUAAACCCAGUGUGAUCAACAGUGAAGCCAUCGUGUUCUCAAGUACUACUGAUCAAAGUAAGGGAAGGGAAAACCAGUCCGUCUCUAAUGAUUUAAAACUGAAUCCUGUCUGCUGCUCUGAUGAAAAAGACUCCUUGCCCAUUGAACUUUGUCUGCCGGAUGAGGACAGCUUAAUUACAGUGGAUGAUUUCAGGGUCGUGUCCUACAAGGAUAUGCUUGAAAGAAAUCAAGUCAAAUCUGAUAGGGUAAGCCCAAGUGCACCAGUUGAUAGUUCUACUCAUGUCAACACUGUACCACCAGUUUGUAAGGGGAAGACGUCUUACCGUCCUUCACCAGCUCUUACAAAUUCUCAAGUGAAAGCCGUUAAUCCAAAGUUCAAGCCUCAGAAUCCAUCCAGCCAAGCUUUCUCUACAAAUGUGUUCCCCACCAAUUUCAAUCAGUCCCAAGCCAAACCGCAUCAGCAAAUGUUUACAACUACUUACAUGCCGGAGCUGUACCAGGUCCAAGCUUUUCCCUGGAACUACCAGAUGUCAGGUUACGGAUGUGUGCCACUGUCAGUGCCAACUCCAGGGGUAUAUGGCAGGACUAAUCUUCUUGGAACUCAGAACAAUGCAGGGACAGGCUAUUACCUUGGUUGGCAAUAGUUGGGAAAUGGUAUUAACAACAGGGAUAGAUUGAUUCUACCAAUUAUUAGAGGAUGCUAUGUUAGAUAUUAUCAACUCUCAGAAGAAAUGUUAUGUUCUAAGGCUUAAGUAGUAGGACAAGAACUUUAUAUGGAAA